GGUGGCUACUGGGUACUGGCUGGCCCGGCAUCUCGUCGCUCGCAUGUGAUGUGAGGCUGAAUCUCUCGCGGAAAUGCUGGGUGCAUGUCUUGGCAGGUUGUCCAUGGAAGGAGCCAAGGAGGGGACAGUUAUGUUGCCGCACGUCUCCGACCGGGCAGCCGGGCAACGGCACUGGAAGAGAGGUGCCGCCACUGCUGCUGCCGCCAUGAAUAACAGGUGGAGGCCGUGGUGAGGGGAGGCAGUCAACACACUGACUACGUGAAUUGCCGGAUCACAUUUGGACCAAUAAAUAUCCUACAACCAUAAUCUCAAUUUUCAGUUAGUCCAUCCAUUCGACAAACGAAACGCGCAAGUCGGUUGUAAAGCGAGAGCAGAGAGAUAGAUGACGGUCGCCGCCUCGUCCCGUCGACCGACGACGACGAUCGUCGGCGCGAUCGGAGCCCUCACGCUUCAGCUCGUGGCGACAGCGGUGGCGGGCCCGAUAGCCCUGCCUGGUUGCCCGGAGAGCUGCGGCGGCGUGCAAGUGCCGUACCCGUUCGGGAUCGGCCGGGGCUGCUUCCACCAAGGCUUCAACCUCACCUGCGACGAGGCGCAGCAGCCGGCGAAGCUGCUGCUGGGGGAAGGGGACGGCGCGGACCAGGUGCUCGGCAUCUCCUUGCCGGACUGCACGGUUCACAUCCAGAGGAAAAUCUCGUGGGUACAGUACGCCACCGAGUUCAACGGCUCAUGGUCCGUUCCGACGCCGCCGGACGACGACGACGGGCCCCUGAUGGUGUCGAGCGCGCGCAACUCCUUCGUGGCCUUCGGGUGCAACGUGCUGGCAAAGCUCAUCCCCUACAACGCCAUGGUCACCUACACCAGCGCCUGCGCCGCCGUCUGCGUCAACACACCCGACGCCUCCUCGUGCUCCGGCGUUGGCUGCUGCCGCACGUCCAUCGCAUCGCUCGGCGCCGACCUCCCGUCGUACGGCAUCCAGGUUAAGCAUCUAGAAGGGGAAACAAGUUACUACCAUAGAGCAGCUUUCAUAGUUGAUCAGGACUGGUUCAGCAGAGUCGAGGCCGAGAUGGCGAGGAACUUCAGCAACCUGUUUUUCCCAGUCGCUGUUGUUCCGGUGAUGGUGGAUAGUGUUCCGGUGGUGCUGACGUGGUCGUUGGAUCUGAUACGCGACGCAGGCUUGUUCGUGUUGUCGCCUAUAGGACCCCAAUCUUCAGACUUCAGAUGCAUAAGCUCAAACAGUUUCUCCUAUACUAUCGAUGGAAAUUACGACCGAAGACGGUGCAACUGUUCUCAGGGAUACGACGGCAAUCCCUAUAUUGCUAAUGGAUGUCAAGAUAUUGACGAGUGCCAGCUGCCAGAUAUUUACCCAUGUCAUGGAACCUGCAUCAAUAUGCCUGGGACAUACCGAUGCUCAUCAAAGAAAAGCAUCAGCAGCCAUCCUGGCUUAAUUGCUAUAAUAGCAAUAAGUGCUGGUUUUGGUCUACUAUUUUCAGUUCUGGGUGUUGCCAACAUCAUCAGUAAACUUAAGCAAAGAAGGGCAAAACUCCUAAGACAAAAGUUCUUCAAGACAAACCAUGGAUUGCUUCUAGAACAAUUAAUAUCUUCAAAUAAAGAUAUAGCUGAAAGGAUGAAGAUUUUUAGCUCUGAAGAACUAGAGCAAGCAACCAACAAGUUUGACCAGAAUCGCAUCCUCGGUGGUGGAGGUCAUGGCACAGUCUACAAAGGUAUCUUAUCUGAUCAACGUGUCGUUGCCAUCAAGAAGUCUAAAAUUGUGGUGCAAAGGGAAAUUGACCAGUUCAUUAAUGAGGUUGUUAUACUUUCACAAACUAACCAUAGAAAUGUGGUAAAGCUCUUUGGCUGUUGUCUUGAGACUGAAGUUCCUUUACUAGUUUAUGAGUUCAUAUCAAAUAGAACCCUAUCCUACCAUCUUCAUGGACAAAAUGAAAACCCUUUGUCAUGGAAUGAUAGAUUAAGGAUUGCACUGGAAACUGCAAGGGCAAUUGCAUAUCUACACAGUGCUGCUUCCAUAUCUGUGUUCCAUAGAGAUAUCAAAUGUGCAAAUAUAUUGCUUACAGACACUUUAACAGCAAAAGUAUCUGAUUUUGGAGCUUCAAGGUCAAUUUCAACGGAUGAGACAGGAAUACUUACAGCCAUCCAAGGAACUCAUGGUUACCUUGAUCCUGAGUACUACUACACUAGCCGACUCACUGAGAAGAGUGAUGUUUACAGCUUUGGUGUCAUCUUGGCAGAACUAUUAACAAGGGUUAAACCUGUUUUCUCUUCUCAUUCCUCGGAAGGAAAAAGCCUAGCAUCACACUUUGUGGCAAUGAUAAAAGACUAUCGCUUGUCAGAUAUUCUAGACCCACAAAUUGUUGAAGAUGGAGGGUCUAAAGAUGCUGAGGUUAUUGCAAGGCUUGCCGAAGCAUGUUUAAACUUAAAAGGUGAAGAAAGGCCUACUAUGAGACAAGUUGAGACAGCACUUGAAGAUGUGCUAGGUUCAAAUGUCCACUCUAGUUGUCGAGUUACAAGGAGAAGUCAAAAUGCUCUUAAACACCGGCCACAAAACCAAACCAAAGGCAAUGAAGGAACUAGACUAUAUAGCUUGGAGAAAGAGUUCAUACAGUCAUCUGAAAUUCCAAGAUGAUUUUCGCUUUUGUGGGUUCACAUCUUAUUUAGUAAUUUUGAGUGUCAUUUUGCAAAUUGGGUCUAAAUUAGAAACUUAGAGAUGUAUCCUUACACACCUCCACAAUAUUAUGGUUGAUCUAGAACUAAUAUGUUAUAUCAGCAAAUAAGUGAAUUUGGUUAUUGUAUUGACAAACUUCGGAGGGCUUUUAUCUGGUGUGGCGGACAUUCAGUGGCAGCCGGCAAGUGCUGUAGGCCCACUGAGUUAGGUGGGCUUGGCGUCAUUGACUUACGCCAGGCGGGCUUUGCGUUGCGCGUUAGAUGGCUUUGGUUGCGGCGAAGUGAUCAACACCGUACUAGUUGGUCCCUACUGCCAGAGGACAGUGAGCGGCCAGUGUUGGCAGUCUUCCAGGCUACUACUACCAGGCUGGGCAAUGGGGAAUCCACUUUAUUUUGGACAGACAAUUGGAUUGGAGGGUCCUCGAUUCGUGCUUUGGCGCCGGCGGUGUUCGGGGCUGUCCCUAAGCGUUGCCAUGCAACUUUGGUGUCCGCUGCUCUAAGAGGCAGAGCUUGGGUCGGGCAAAUUAAGGGUCCGCGUUCGAUGAGGCUGAUAAAUGAAUUCCUACGUCUUUGGCCAGUGCUGGAGCAGAUGCAGCUUUUACCUGGCGUCCCGGAUGCGUUCUCCUGGCCAUGGUCCAGUGAUGGUACAUACUUUGUGGCAUCUGCUUAUGGAGGUAUGUUUCUAGGAUCAUCUUCCCCACUGGGAGCCAAGCUCAUCUGGAAAAUUGCAGCACCUCCGCACCGCGGGUGCGGUUCUUCUUCUGGUUGGUGUUGCAUGGGCGCUGCUGGACGGCGCACAGGAGGCAUAGAUUUGGGCUGCAGGCCACUAAUACUUGUGUCUUUUGCGAUCAGGCAACCGAAACUAUGGAUCACAUUCUCUUGGGCUGUGUGUUUAGUAGAGAGGUGUGGGCGUUGGCACUGCGGGACUGGCGCCUCGCUAACUUCUUUCAGGUUGUUGAAGAGAACGCAAUGGUCUGGUGGUCAGCAGCCAGAAAAAGGCUUCCAAAGGAGCUACGACGGGGCUUCGACUCCUUCUUCCUGCUCUUGGGUUGGCUCCAUUGGAAGCGGCGGAACGCGCGGACUUUCAACCAGGAAGGCUUGUGUGCCCCGCUUCUAGUCAAGCGACUUCGUGAGGAGUCGGAUCUGUGGGUCGCAGCCGGGAACAAGCACCUUGCGAAGCUACAGCUUUGGAGAGCUCCCCCAGAGAUGUCGCCGCCUUCUGUCCCUCCGGUCUUGCUAUGUUGACCGGCUUGGUCCUCUUCUUUGGUUUCUCGGUGUUUGUUCGGUUUUUUAGUUGUUUUUUUUUUACCUCCGGUUAACCGUUUUCUUUCCUUUGGUUGUUUGAGUCGGUUUGUCAACUCUGCUUGCUCUACUGCUUAAUGAAAUACGUGCGUCUGCACGAUCUUGAAAAAAAAGUCUACUUGUUUUUUUUUAGAAUCUACAGUCUACCUGGUCGGUGUAUGGUAUUCAUUUUCUUAUGCAUAUACAGUAUCCUGUUUGAAGAUGUUCAUACGCCACAAGCAAAGCAAAACAGAACGACCCAGUCGCAUUUUUUCAUCUUCCACUGUUACGAUAACCUAUGGAUUGAUGUAGGGCUUAAUGCUAGUGCUUUAGAAUUUUAUAAGCUACAAUGUUUUUUUUUUUAGGAAAAGCUACAAUGUUUUAAUUAGUUAGAUAGCUAGUCAUCACAUCGCCUUCUAAUCUUCUCAUAAUUUCUCCAAAGAAAAUAUUCUAUUUUAUGCGCUGAACUGCCAGUUUUCUUGUUUUAAAGGCCUACUGUGAUGAUUUUACUCUCGGUUUUUUUUCCCAGCUUUGCAAUUUUAUCCUUGUUUUUUCAAUCUGCUGUAGAGGGAAUGCUGGAGCUGUCAUUGGCUGACUGGCGCGGUUGGUUGUUGGUCCAAUCAAUCGCAGUACUAUACGUCGUGGAAAAACCCAUGACACUAUCCAACGAUCAACCCUGUAGCAAAGCAAAGUCCUGGACUCCUGGUCACCCGUCCUAUCGAGCCACCGUCCAAGACCGUGACCUUCCACCAACGUGACAUUUGCCUAGUUCUCAAAAAAAAAAAGUGCGGGAUCACCUUCCUCUGGAUCGCUAAUUGCGUUGAAUCCAGGGGUUUGAAAGGAGCGCUUUGGAAUUCUAAGCAUACAGGUGUUACGUGUUUGGUUUCUCCAAUCCAAUCUCUAACACACUUACACCUGUAAAUAGUUGUAGAUGAAACUAUUUGUAGCUCUUGAUUCCUUUCGAUUUGGUUCAGACUGUGACUGACUCUGUGCACGAUUUCCCUGGAUCUCGGUUUUUUCAUUCUUCCUUAUUAAAAAGUUUAUACAAUCUACCCUCACAGGGGCAGAUAUGAAGCUGCAGACAGGGCACGGCCCGGCCCAAAUAUUUUAGAAACAACUCUUCAUAAGAUGCAGCCCAAACAGCCCGUUAGCGUCCGACGCCUCUCCUCUAUUCGGCACCGAAAAGCCCAAAACCUGCCUCAGUCCCGUCCCGCCCACUCCCAAUCCCAAAUCGCCGACCCGCUCCGCCGCAACCGCGCUCAUCGGCCGGCGCCCCUCCUCUCCGACCUUGGGAAACCACGACCGCGCCGAGCUCUGCCGCAACCGCGCCCAUCCAUCGGCCGCCGCCACCUCCUUUCCGUCUCCGCUAGACCACAACCGAGCCCAGCCGGGAGCUGCCCUUCAUCUCUCUGCACCUCCGCCCUCCUGUGCUCCAGCUUCUUCUCACCCGUGGUGGCUGGCGGCCGGCGGGCUCCUCUCGACUCCCGUCCUCCGCGACUGCCUGACUAGGAACCGGGAAGCGGGAGAGUGGCGCGCGGCGCGCUAGCAGAUCUGCCGCCGCCGUUCGCUCCCCCCUGCUCUGCCUUGACCGCCGGCUGGGCACUGCCUACUCCACACUGGCAGUGCCACGUCGACCCCAGGCUCCGGCGGCACCGCGUCACCGCCCCCUGCACCAGAGCACAGCUCACGCCUCACGAUAAGCAAGACAAUGCAGCUCUGUUCGGGACGCUGCUUAGUGUACCUACCGUCGGCGCAGCAAGGAGGUCGCCAUCUCUGCGAGCCCCAGCACAGCUGAGGGCAGGAUCAGCAGACUCCCUGAGGACCUGCUCCACGAGAUUCUCACCCGUCUCAGGUCUCCCGAUGAAGCUGCAUGCGCUGGAGCAGUCUGCCACAGCUGGCUUGACCUCUGGACCAACCUUCCCGAGCUCACGUUCAGCUGCGUCCACCCCCUCUCUGUCGAGUCGUUGCUCACCAGGAUCACCCGCACCUCGCUGGACCUCCUUGACAUCACUUUAUGCGCAGACUGUGCUGACGAAGAAGAUUGGCCUAGGCAGGUAUCCUUGCUUCUUCGUAGCGCCGCACGGGUGUUGCCGAAGAAACUCAUCUUUGUGUUGGUGCGCCCCCUAGAAGAGUAUGUUGUCAAGCUUCCCUGCUUCGAACACACCUCCUACCGUCUUGACUUGAUUGGCAGCCUCCCAAUUACAUUGCCACAGUCUGGCGAGUUCACUGCGCUCAAGAACCUUUACCUAGAAUCAUGCUGCAUCGGCAUUGGCGCUUUGCGCCCUCUCUGUCCGUGCCUGCACAUCAUGGACAUCAGGGAUCUUAGAUGUGCUGUCACGGUGAUUGUUCACUCGCUGUUGAUUGAGGAGUUUGGCUUGGAGGUAAGAGAUCAUGACAUCCACCACAUUGACAUCGCGGCCCCAGUGCUUAAGGAGGUGACAUUGGAGGUCGAUAUUGCCAAAUCCUUCAGUUUGUCCUUCUUGGCGCCAACGGUGAAGAAACUCAGAUGGGGGUUACUUUUACCCGUGUGUUGGUGUUGUGUUCGAUCAGAUAUGGCACCUCAUGGGCAUAGAGGAGCGCGAGCUAGAUGAAUUCUAUGCCGUCACACAUCAUGAGAAGUGGUGCUAAUAGCUGGAUCUUGAAACAGAGCAGCAUGCUUUUGGACCAAUGAUGUUGCGUCUUCUUAAGAUUCAGUCAACAAUACAAAGGCUAAUGUGGUGCUAAUACGGAACAAGGUACGAGUGCCAUGCCUGUAACUUGUCCUUGUGAACAGCCCAGCAACUGGAGAAGUGAAGAUAUCUCUCUGGCUAAUCUUGAAGUUUUUAAUUCAUAGACACCUGCAAGAAGAAGAUGAUGAAGUUGAUUUCCUAAAACUCAUACUCCGAUGUGCAGUGGCGCUUCGAAGAUUAAUACUGACUAUUUCUGAUGAUGUCUCACCAAGUGACAAUGGCUUUGAGAAGAUAUGCAGAACUAUGAAGGAGUAUCCUGAUGUGGAAUGACAUAUUGUGGCAUUCAGUUCUGAGGGGUUUGUUUAUCCAUGAUGAAUAGAAGAAUGUUUGUAGAUGGCAACUGGUGACAUCCUUAUGCUUUCGUCAGUUUUUAUCUUGCUGAUCAGGAUAUUUAUGUAUGUGGGUUUCAUGACUUAAUAAAUUUGGUGGUGGGGUGUCAUUGCUUAUAGUAGAUCAAGUAUGUGUACCAUGGUUAUCAAUGAUUUGUAUCCAGAUCAAAGUAUCUCUAGUUUAAUGUGUCUCGCAGUAACUCAAUGAGGUUCAACUCCUUUGUAUUGCCUUGUCUGUAUUCAUGUCAAGCAACCAAACAGGCGUGGCCGUGUCUGUACUCAUGUCAAUCCGGACUGCACUCUCCACAAUGUAAUGUGCAAAGAGCACUUCAGAAUCUCCAAUGGCAAAUGUGUAUCUUUUCAGUAUGCCUAUGAUGAAAUGAAAUCCAGUUUAACUUUGUAA